AUGACUUCAAGAGGCUCGUCGACUGCGCGUGCUGCGCUGCAGCCGAGCUCAGUGGCCAAUCAUCAUGCUUCAGGUCGUCCGGCGUCUCCCGUCAAAGGCUCCAUGGCGCCGCCUUCUUCAGCCGCUCGAGCAGCAGCGACGAGCGCAGCGCCUCGCACUCGCGACACUUACCAGGCCGCCUCAUCUGCUGCUCGUCCUACUUCCAAGUCGGACCGCGAUGCUGAGCGUGAGAGGCGAGCCCGCAAGGAGCGCGAGCAGCAAGAGCGAGAAGCUAGUAAACCCAGCGGUCGCUUGGCUACGGAGAAGCGGCGAGAGCACCGCGAUCCCGCAGAGAUCGGUCCUUGGGUGCUCGAAAAGCUUGUUGGUCAGGGCGCUAGCGGUCGCGUCCGCCUGGCCAGACACAAAUACACCGGCAAGCAAGCUGCUGUCAAGAUUGUACCCAAGCAGCUCAUCCUCUCAUCCCGUGUCUCUCUUCGCGACGCGAGCGCAAAGCAGGACAAGAUGAUGCUCGGCAUCGAACGGGAAAUCGUCAUCAUGAAGCUCAUCGAGCACCCCAAUUUGAUCGGUCUUUGGGAUGUCUACGAGACUUCGAAAGAAUUGUACCUCGUCAUGGAGUACGUCGCCGGCGGAGAGCUCUUCGACCACUUGGUCGCCAAAGGUAGAUUGAAGCCAGAUGAGGCGCGGUCCUACUUCCGUCAGAUCAUCUUCGGUCUCGACUUUUGCCACCAGCAUAAAAUCUGCCACCGUGACUUGAAGCCAGAGAAUCUGUUGCUGGACGCCACAAAGCAGAUCGUCAAGGUUGCCGACUUUGGUAUGGCCGCUCUGGGAUCUGGACCUAGCGGGCCGGUGUCUCUAGAAAAGAUGCUCGAGACCAGCUGCGGCAGUCCGCAUUAUGCUUCGCCGGAGAUUGUCAGCGGCAAGGCAUACAGGGGCGACGCUAGCGAUAUCUGGUCUUGCGGCAUCAUUCUCUUCGCCUUACUCUGCGGACGCUUGCCGUUUGACGAUCCCAACAUUCAGGUUCUCCUUAGCAAGGUCAAGCGCGGUCGUUUUGAGAUGCCAGCAUUCCUCGAACCAGGCGCCAAGGAUUUGAUCUCUCGCAUGCUUGAGAUCCAACCCGAACGACGUCUGCGAAUGGAUCAGAUCAUGAGGCACCCUUGGUUCACCAAUGGUGGCCGCGAGUCUUCGUACAAUCCCGUCCAGCCCCUUCUCGGACGCGAUGAGACUGGUCAAUUAGAACGCAUGGACCCUUCGACGAUUGAUGUGGAGCUGCUCGGCAACCUCAAGACCCUCUGGCCUGAAUACGACGAACGGAUGCUCAUGACGGAACUUUGUGGCAGCGAAGAUAACUGGCCAAAGAUCUUCUACUCUCUGUUGAUGCGCCAUCGCGAGGAGCAUGGAGGGGAUGACGAUGAGGAGCCUGAGCCUGAGCCUGAGCCCGAACUCGAGCCCGGGCCCGUCAGGGCACCCUCUCGACAACGCAGCGGCCACAGCCUCGGAGUCGCCUUGGGUAUACCUGCCUCUGUUGCUGCGGAAGAGAGCCAGGGCUCGACAUUUCUCAAGACCAGCAAACAGGAACGCGCGCGUCCCCGUCGCUCCAACGAUAAUGGCUCGUCUUCUUCUUCGCGCUCGCGCUCGGCACGCGCUGAUGGCUCCACUUCGUCUGGCUCAUCCAUAGAGGCAAAUGCACCAGCACAGCACGGCUCUCGCCCUGUCUCUCCGGUGCGAGGUACUCAGCCUAGCAGCGCUCAGAACGACCGAUUGAGUGCCGCUCAUCCGCAAUACGCUCACGGCUCUGCGCCCAGCUCCCCUGCCAAAAGCUUCGUGUCGACAUUAGGUCGCCAAGCAAACGCCUCGCCAACGCCAAGUCGUGCAAACUCUAUCGACUCUCGUCGGUCUCCUGCUGGGCCCCGCACCGGAGGACGCUCACCCGAUCGCACUGCGCUCGACACGGGUCGUAAGCCUCUGCUUUCCCCUACGCGUGCCAGCGGCGAAAAAGACGCUCAUCGUACACCAGUAAAGGGCGUCGUUCUUUCUCGCCCCAACACUUCCCCGAGCAGACCUGACGACAAAACGCCAUCGCGGGCAAACACGGCCCGCACGCCUGAGCUGACACCAAAGCCUCUUGCGCGCACGUCUACGUCGCCGAGCAAGGCAUCUCCAACUGGACGCCCCGCAAGCAUCGUUCGAGGUGGCAGCAGUCGAGGAGAGGCCAGUGGUCAAAGCAUCUGGAAGGACAUCACCGAACAGCUUGCAAACCUUGGAAGCUCGGACACAGCGCAAGCGCGCCCAAGUGUCCCUCGACACAACUCCAGGAGCAGCCGUAGCCGCGCAAACUCUGGUAUCGGGGCUCGCCUGACGGCUACCCCUAAAGGCGAGGACGAUCACCAGAACCAAUUUGAAGAUGCUGACGAGGACAGCGAUGAUGCGGGCGAUCACGGUAGCGUUCAGAGCGGAUCAGAGUCUAGCGGCUAUCCCUAUACCCCAACUUCGCCGAUGCCACCGACGUUCCCAAGCCCUGCGGUGAACACUGCUCCUCUCUCGGUAGUGGACAAGGAGCACCGCGCUUCUACUCGUGCCGUUCCCAAGCCUGCGGCCCCGACGGGCUCGCGUCCGAACAGCAUCUUCCACUUCAAGAACGACUCGACGCCUGCAGUCGAACGCCAGCCGACUUUGGGCAGAAGACGCAGUCUUUUGGGUGUGAGGCGCAAGAGCUCCUCUACGGCUGAUCAGACUCAGACAGCAGCCUAUGAAGCUCAGUCUGCUCGUUCGUCUGUCGCCUACGAGCGUCUCCAAGACGCUGGAGCUGCACGCCAGGCUGCUUUGGCAGCUGGUGCCGUUGGUGCGCGAGGUCCGACGCGACUGCAACAGCAGAAGAAUGCAGGACUUGGACUGGACCUUGCCACGCUCAACAAGAAUGUGCAGAACCCCUUGGCAGCCAAUGCAUCGGUGCCAGGUACGCCAGCAUCAGUAGCAAGCAGUUCGGGCGGCGCACCAAACAGCCCCAAGCAGAGCUGGUUCACCAGCCUGUUCCAGUGGAAGACGGUGCAUCACACUCUGUACUCCGUCGAAAACUUUUCGGUGACGCACAACGAGGUGAAGCGCAUCCUGCAGACGUGUCCAGGUGCAAAAGUUUAUGUGGAGGACUCGGAAAACGCCAACGUGCUCAAGUGCUCCUUGCCCGAGAUCAGGGAUGGAGGAGGAAGCAUCUCUGCUUCCAAGCCUCUACGCUUCCGGGUCGAAUUUGCCGCCAUGUCCCUAAGCCACACGGCCACCAAUGUGGGAGCUUCGCCCGCGCUCAGUGUGGGAUCCAACGGUAGUCGAUUCGGAGCUGCAAGCCCGGCAUUGAGCAACCACUCGGGCAAGAGCGGCGCUUCGGCCCAACGCGAAAACGUCAUGUACUCGACCAGCUGCCACAUGGUGCAUGAAAAGGGCUCUGCCACCGCUUUCAGAUCUCUGUGCGAACAAUUGCGCAGACAGUGGACGCUUGGCGGUCCUUCCACUCCUGCCAGCCCUGCACCUGGUGCGGUCGGGUUUGGCCUCGGCGUAUCCAUGACGGGUCGUUGA